UCAGAUAAAGGGUUGCCUGGUUUUUUUAUUCUGCCAGCACUACAGGAAAUAUUUGGACCACCCGACUGCCAUGUUUUCCAUGGGGAAAAACAAUCGUGUCUAUAACCAUGAUUCGGUGGAGGAAGGCGGAAGGAGCCUAAUACAAAGGGUCAUUAAAAGCCCAAGAACCGCCCCUUCUUCCCGAAGGGAAGAUGCUCGGGUUCCAUUCCGACUGCCGGUCAUAUCCUGUUCUUCUGUACCUUUUUGCCUUCUGGCGAAUUCGCGCCCCGAGGGCCCAGCACCCACUACCACCCAUCAGGGCUGGGCCAUGGCUGCUCCCUGGCGCAGGCCGGCCAAAAUAUUCCCGGCCCCGCCAUGCGGGACACCAAUGAAAAAUCCGUCCCGACCUUCCUUCCCCUGGACCCAGGGAGGAGGACCCCCACCCCCAGUGAGGCCAAUCAAAGUCCUGAGCGGCCCGAGGUCACUCCGCACCAUGGGGGCCAAGACAUCCCCGGAAGUUGCCAGCUCCCUUGACAGGCCCCUCCAAAUAACCGGGCGCCAGUUACUCCCGGCUCCUGGGACAAACACCAACGCGGCCCCAGUGGGGCCUGGGAAAACCAGGGGGUCCUGGAGGAGCACCAGAGGAGGGGCAGCCUCGGCUGCCCAGUGCAAGCCUCCUCCAGCAACACUUCCCAAGCACUCCCAAAUCCGGGAGGAAAACGGUGGGGGACGACGACGAUCGUUUUGGUCGUGUUUUUAAAAGCUUCCGCUCUGCGAAGCGCGGGGAGGCGCGGCUGGGCCAUGCGGAGGCAGAGGCGACGGCAGCGGUGUCACCAGCUGUUGACCCUGGGUGCUUCUAAGCAUUAAGAUCAAGGCUGAGGUAGAAAGGACAGGAAGAAAGUAUGGCUGGACCCACUACUUUGCAAAGUUAGGACUUGCAUGUCCAGAUUUACUCAUCAUCAUGGUGUUGCAUUCCUGCUCACUUUCUUCAGUUAUUCACUUCUUCAUGCUUCAAGCAAAACCUUUAUCAAGGUGAAGGUCAGCACUUCUAGCCAAUGGACUCCAAACAAAACUGCCUGCUGAGCCUUGGACCCAGCAACCAUUUAUUUCCAAAUGCAGAGGAAGCAACUCUUUUCCUAGUAAUGCUGGACACCAUUUUUUUCCUAUGCUGUGGGUCUUUUCAUCGGUGGUAUAAUUGGGGAUCGGUUCAAUAUGCGAUGGGUUCUGUCCUUUGGCAUGGGCUCCUCUGCAGUGGUGGUAUUUUGCUUUGGCACCCUCCCAGAAUGGCUUCGUUUCUAUAACUAGUCCCUGUGGAUUUUGAAUGGCCUGCUCCAGGCCACUGGUUGGCCAUGUGUUGUUGCAGUAAUGGGCAACCGGUUUGGGAAAGCUGGACGGGGAGUCAUUUUUGGUCUCUGGAGUGCUUGUGCCUCAGUAGGCAAUAUUUUGGGAGCAUGCCUGGCGUCUUCAGUUUGGCAAUAUGGGUAUGAGUAUGCCUUCUUGUUCACAGCAUCAAUACAGUUUGCUGGUGGAAUUGUUAUCUUCUUUGGGCUUUUGAUAUCUCCAGAAGAAAUUGGUCUUCCAGGGAUUGAGGAGGAAGAAAGUUCUGAAGAUGACCCUUGUAGACCACUAAUUCACAAUACUGACAGUGAAGAGCAUGAACCCAAGUAUUCAAUCCAAGAAAUAAGUACACUCCAUCGGCCCAAAGCAAUCAGCUUUUAUCAGGCUUGUUGCCUUCCUGGAGUUAUGCUGUAUUCCCUGGCCCAUGCCUGCUUGAAGUUAGUGAAUUAUUCCUCCUUCUUCUGGCUGCCCUUUUAUUUGAGCAACAACUUUAGAUGGAAAGAGGCUGAAGCUGACAAACUCUCCAUUUGGUAUGAUGUUGGAGGAAUUAUAGGUGGAACUUUACAAGGCUUCAUCUCUAAAGCUACCAGCCGUCCUUCCUUGGGCUCAGGGAGGAGGACCCCCACCCCCAGAACCCAUCCAGGUUAAGCCAAUCAAAAUAAUGAGCGUUCCUCGAAAGAGGAACACCAAAAUAUCCCCAGUCCUCACAAUGGUGGCCAAGACAUCCCCCAAAGUUGCUUCCAGAGCUGCCUCUAUCUGUCACCGGGAAGAAGCUCCUCCCCUUGACCAAGCUCUCCACAUUACUGGCCUUUAAUUAUUCCGAGCUCCUGGCAAGAACACCAAAACGUCCCCAGUCCUGACAAGGAGUUCUCCCCGGGGAGAAGAGCCUGCAGCACCCGAACAACCUCCGCCACGCAGUACUGGGAAAACCAGGGGGUCCUCGAGGAGCACCGGAACAUUCCAGCCAGCCUCGGCUGCCCAGUCAAAACCUCCUCCAGCAACACUUCCCAAGCACUCCUCCCAAAUCCCGAAGGAAAACGGUGGGGGACAACAAGGUUCAUUUUGGUCCUGUUUUAAAAACUUCCGCUCUGGAGGGGACUGGGAAGGUGAGGUGAUUGGGCUCUCAAAAUUUCCCCCACAAAGGGAACAAAGCGUUAACUUAGAGAAAUGUAGACAUACAAAUUAGACUUGGGGUAUCACAGGGGGUCCUUCACACAACCCACAGGGUUGUGAAAAAAGCCUUGGGACUGGUGAGGAACCUCUCUAAAGUGGCAACACCUCCAGGCUAAAUCCCCCGAAACAAGUGCGGCCCCUCAGCUAAGCCGGGAGCGGCCAGAGCCUCAGGAAGAAGCACAGACACUUUUCUCUCCCAGACUCUCUUGUCAAGGUGAGGUCGAGUCCUGGAGGCCUGAGGGAAGCUGGGCUGACUAGGACGGCAGCCAGGUCCAGCUGGGUCACUUGGACGUGGCACUGAGGACGUGGCCCUGGCGAGGAUCCAGCUCUGGGCGGCUGCAGAGGCAGUGGAUCCGGGACGCUGCUGGCUGCUGGUACUUGCAGGCAAGGGGAGCUCUUGCCUUGGGGUCCUUGGUCAGAGUCCUUGGGGUUCCUGGUCAGAGGGCACUUCUGAAAGGAAGCUUGAAGAACUCCCCCCCUCUCCAUACAUCAAUUAAAAGAGCUCGAUAAUCAUUCCUCGUUUUAAAAAACACACCUGCAAGGAAGCACCCCACCAUUGAAAUAUAUUAUCAGAACAGGGAAGACAAGAGUUCAUCUUCAGAGGAUGACACUUAAGUAAAAAAAAAGCUUUUACCCUGAAGAGUAAUGUGCAAUGGCUGCAAAACCAAAGAAAAUGUGUAGAGCUCAAAAAAGUACUGAAAAUCAAAAGAAACUGAGAAAAAAGUAACCAGGGGGAAAAAAAAUGCUUCCAAGAAAAACCAAAAGCAUAAAAAAAAAAAAACAAAAAAACAAAAAAACAAAACAACAACUUGCAAAGGCAGAAAGGAGUCUCAAGAUGAAAAUAAAGUCUUUGAAAAAUGAAGAUUGGCAAUGGGAAGCUGUAAAGGGCUGAAAUGCUGAAAAAAAGUGUGCUUGAAUGAGAGGAGGAGCAGUUAAGGGUAAUUAUUCAUUGGAUAUGAGACAAUGACUCUAUUAGCAUAUGUUUGGAUAAAUGGCUCUUCUCACAGUUGCUGCUGGGUGAAGGUUUGGUGUUAAGAUAAUCAUAGGCAAGGAUUAGAGGGCAGAGGGACAGAGGCCAGAGACUAUCUUUGCAGCAGGACGAGGAGGAGAGAAGUUGGUGACUUUGGACAGGGACAAUGGAAGAUACAUCUUUGGGCGAGCCUGUGGCAGUUUGCCUGCUGCUUUCACUUCUCCUCCUAAGGGCCAAAGACUUUUACUUCUCCUGACUCUGUCUGAUCCUAUGGCCUCCAGUGAGCUAAUCCGGAUUUAACAGGAAGUCAUGGCAGUGAAGAACAACCAAGAAAUGACAAUAGAGAUUGUAAAUAUUGAAAACAAAUUGAACAUCGUGAAACAUAACUUAAAAGACACAUCUGGAGAACAGAUUAGGAAUAGAAAACUGAAGAACUGGACUACCUGAACAUUUGGACCAAAAAAAAGAACCUUAAUACAGUAAUGCAAGCAAUAAUUUGGGAAUACUGUCCUGGAAUGCUAGGACAUGAGGGGAAAAUGUCAAAAUAGGAAAAAAAAAUAUCCCCCAAUACCGUCUCAACGAAAUCCAUUGUGGAAAACAUCAGAAUGUUCGUGCUAAAUUUAGAAACCCAUAGAUCAAAGAGAAAAUUUUGGAAGAAACAAAAAAAAAAAUUCAUAUAAGUGAGAACUACAAUUGGAAUCGAACAAGACAUAUCAGCAGCCCCAAUAAAAGACUGGAAAAAACCUACUGAGUGCUGAUUCUGAGAAGGGAGGGCAGAGAGUAGGUGAGCAAAAUAGAGAAAAAAGGACAAGGGGAGGGAAGGAAGACAGAGGAAAAAGAUUGAGAUAAAAGAGGAGGGAGGCCAAUGAGAGUAAGAGGAGGGAAAAAGUUUACAUUAGAAAGAUUUCCUAUAGUAUAUUUAAAAUUUUAUUUUUUUAAUCUUGAAAUUAGUAUUUUUCCAAAUACAUGUAGAGAAUUCAACAUUCAUUUUUGUCAAAGCUUGUGAUUCCAGUGUUUCUCCUUUGCUCCCUCAUCCCCACUCUUCCCAUGACAGCAAGUAAUCUAAGGGAAAUACAACUCUUUUAUGCACUGAAUUGUAAUAGGCGGAGGCUUGAGUUGAUGCACUGAGGUCCCAAGCACGUGAGGCUAAAUAGUAAUUGGACCAUACUCUAUAAAUAUAUAUGCUUGGAGAAAGAAUGGCCCCGCCCACUCUUUGUGCAAGUCCUGAUGUGUGUUGUAUAGGAAAUGACGAUUUUGGUGGGGGGAGGCAGGGGUGUGGAAGGGGAAGCGGAAGGAGAGACUGCUGGCUGGCGUCCUGACACGGCUGCUCGCAUUGCCAUUGCGCCGGCCCUUCAUCUCCAACCCCCUCUGCUAGCUGGCUUCCUGUCACAGCUGCCCAUGCUGCUAUCGCGAUCCUUUUUCACCUCUUCACUUCAAUAAAGAUUGAAGAUUUUUCCCUUAAUCUAAA